GAGAGAAAGAGAGAGAGAGAAAGAAAGAGAGAGAGAGUCAGUCGUCUGUCUGUUGUGUUGUUGUAUUCGUCGUUAUUAUUGUUAAACUAAGCGAUUGUUGACUUCAUUUGACGGGUUUUUUUCAUUUGUCGCGACGUCUUCUGGUUUAGUGGUUAUCCAAUUGAAUAGACAGACAGACAGAAAAUAUGGAUCAAAAGAUAAUGCCAUCACAAUUAAGAGAUACCGAAGAACGGAUGUGCUUUCAGAUAGAGCUCGAGUUUGUCCAAUGUUUGGCUAAUCCUAAUUAUCUUAACUUUUUGGCACAACGCGGUUACUUUAAAGACAAAAACUUUAUUAAUUAUAUUGAAUAUCUUCAGUACUGGAAGAAGGCCGAGUACGCCAAGUAUCUCAAACAUCCAAUGUGUCUUCAUUUUCUAGAACUACUACAAUACGAACACUUUCGGCGUGAACUGUCCCGAAGCGAGUGCUCGAAGUUUAUCGACGACCAGAUGCUACUUCAUUGGCAACAUUAUUCCCGAAAGAGGACCCGACUGUUACAGCAGGCAAACAGCAACAUCAACAACAACAACACUACCGCCAACAACAACAACACCACCAACCAAUCAUCGACUCAAGACACUGGCAAACAUUGAACAACGAUCGGUGGGAGAGGGAUCUGUCUAUUCUUCGUAUAUCAUCACCUAUUCAUACCAUACCAUCCUAUUGUCAUCGUUUAGUAAUCAUUUGAUAUUUUGCCAAUAAAUCAACUGCUUUUUCAUC